GCGAGUGGCCAAUGAGCGGCGCGCGGGGCGGCCCGCGCCAGUGGGAACUUUCUGCCGUCCGAGUGAGAAGAGGAGCUCGAGGCGGACUGGGCUGGCCGGCCGUCGUCUGUCUGUGUGGGGCUGAGCAGGGAACGUGGCUUCUUCAGAGAACUUUGAGUGUGGACUCAUUCCAUUCACCAUGGCCCCAGACCAGGACACCGCAGAGAACACAGAAACACAGCUAGAACCUAACGGUGAGAAUAGCGCUCACAUAAGGUACAGCGCCAUCACUCCUCCGGCAUCUCCUGAUCUAUUGGAGAGGAAUUCACAAGACUACUUGGAUGAAAAGAUCCCAAUUCCAGAUGAUAGUUCGACUCGGUUCAGUUUUCGGAAGCUCUGGGCUUUUACAGGACCUGGGUUUCUCAUGAGUAUUGCUUAUCUGGACCCGGGAAACAUUGAAUCGGACCUUCAGUCUGGAGCUGUGGCCGGGUUUAAGCUGCUAUGGAUCCUGCUGGCAGCAACCAUCAUCGGCCUGCUGCUGCAGCGGCUAGCUGCCCGUUUGGGAGUGGUCACGGGUAUGCACCUUGCUGAAGUCUGCCACAGACAGUAUCCAAAGUUCCCUCGGAUUGCGUUAUGGCUGAUGGUGGAAAUGGCGAUCAUCGGCUCGGACAUGCAGGAGGUGAUCGGAUCGGCCAUCGCUCUGAACCUGCUGUCUGUUGGAAGGAUUCCCCUGUGGGGCGGAGUGUUAAUUACUAUUGUAGACACGUUUGUGUUCCUGUUUUUGGACAAAUAUGGUUUAAGAAAACUGGAAGCUUUCUUUGGAUUCCUCAUCCUAGUUAUGGCUGUUACAUUUGGAUACGAGUAUGUGACAGUAAAGCCAGACCAGGCACAGUUGCUGAAGGGGAUGUUUGUCCCCUACUGUGAAGGCUGCGGGACCCGCCAGUUGGAACAGGCAGUUGGAAUCAUUGGAGCUGUCAUCAUGCCUCACAAUAUCUACCUGCACUCUGCCUUGGUCAAAUCCAGAGAUGUGAAUCGAGCAAAUAAGAAGGAAGUGAAGGAAGCCAAUCGUUACUUCUUCAUCGAAGCCUGCCUGGCUUUGUUUUUGUCCUUCCUCAUCAACGUCUUUGUGGUCUCGGUGUUUGCGGAGGCUUUUUACAACAAGACCAACGAGCAAAUGCACGAGAUCUGUUUGAACAACAGCAGUCCGCAUGCUAAUCUCUUCCCCAUGAACAACAAGACUUUAGAUGUCAACAUUUAUAAAGGGGGUGUGGUGCUGGGCUGCUGUUUUGGUGGUGCUGCUCUCUACAUCUGGGCCAUUGGUAUCCUGGCUGCAGGUCAGAGUUCAACCAUGACAGGAACGUACUCUGGACAGUUUGUCAUGGAGGGCUUCCUCAACUUGUCAUGGUCUCGAUUUGCCCGUGUUCUGUUCACUCGAUCUAUCGCUAUAACCCCAACACUACUGGUGGCGUUGUUCCAGGAUGUCGAACGUUUAACUGGGAUGAAUGAUUUCCUCAAUGUUCUUCAGAGUAUGCAGCUGCCAUUUGCAUUGAUCCCGAUCUUAACGUUUACCAGUAUGACAUCCGUGAUGCAUGACUUCGUCAACGGUCUAGCGUGGAAGAUUGCUGGUGGAGUGGUUAUUUUCAUCGUCUGCGCCAUUAACGUGUAUUUUGUAAUAGUGUAUGUGUCGAGCCUGGGUCAUGUGGCUCUCUACGUGGUGGCAGCCUUCAUUUCACUUGCAUACUUGAGUUUUGUCGGUUACCUGGUCUGGUAUUGUGCAGUCUCACUGGGAGUCCCCUUCCUAAGCUGCGGACGCACGGUAACUCCAGAGGGCAGCAACAGUUUUGGGGUCUCCUAUGGAACUCUCUCUGCUAAAUAACAUGGACAACCACACGUAAUUCUCACGGUGCCUUAACGAUGAUGGUAUUAGAAGAUUAAGACAACGCCCUCUCAAAUGCUGCAAUCAUGCUGUAACAUUUAUUUAAACUAAAGUCUCUACUUCAUACCGGG